AUGAGCGUGUGCGUUACGCGGCGCGCCGCCAGCGGGGUAGGAUGUGGAGCCGCGCGCGCGCUCUGUCCGCUCGGGGUCCGCGUUGUGUCGGCGCGCGCGCGCGCGUACGUUUGUGUGUGUCCGCGCACUUCUCGAUUAGCGCGACCCGACGUGCGUGACGUCACAGCGCGACGACGUUACAUCGCCGCUCUCCGGCGGAUUGUCACUCGCGGCGAGAUCGGCGAUCGGCGAUCGCCGCGCGACGCGAAAGCGGGGGCCCUCGCCGCGCGCGGCCAACGAAACGGAGCGAAACGGGCGUGGACGAAACUCGCGCGCGGAGGAGAGACACACGGAGGCCUCCUCUCUCGGACGGCGACGGCGAGCGGCGCCGCGCGCGAGUGCGACAAGGAGGGAGGCAGAGCCCGCGCGCGCGCGCGCGCGGGGGCUCCGAUACGCGGGGCGGCCUGUUUAUCCGCCGACGGCCGAGAUCUCGUCCGCCGACGCGACGUCCCGGCGCACCGCGCGCGGGACAGCCCGGGUGUCGUGCCGCGCGCGCGAGACACGCGCGAGGACCUCGGAGAAACCGCGACACGGGACACGGGGGCGCGAGCGAGCGACGCCACACGCUUGCUUGACGGCGCGCGCGAACGCAACCCGCCGUUGGUACCACUCGUGAAACGACUGACGACUCCCCGUCGUGCAACGACUGGCGGCGGCCGCACCGCGAACGACGGCCACGGGAGGUGUGCGCGGCCGCUAGGUGGCAGCGCCGUUUACCGCGAGACCGCGGCGCCCCACCCCGCGGCCGCCCCGCGCCCGUGUGUGUCGUGUACCGCAAUUCAUCGAGAACAGCCGGAAACGGCCGAGCGCGACCGAGAGCGCCGCGAGCCGCUUCAAUAUCAAGUGCACGACCCUCCGGCCCUCCGGCCGCGUGUUCCUCGCUCACGGCUCGCGGCCGCGCGCACGCGCCCGUGGCUCCGCGCUCCUUUCACGAGGGAACGUCGCGUCGCGACGCCGCGCGGUGGGCUCAAAUCAAAUUUCGUCUCUCGAAAGAGGCUACAAUUCUCUAAAUUCCACCCGAUUUCGAGGCCUUUCUUCUUUAAUGAAAGCUAAUGAAAUUCGGAACAACUUGGUCGAUUUAGAUUUUCUCUUCUUGCGUCCCUUCUUCAAUAAAUUGGACAUAAAGAAGUUCAAUUUAGAAAGUUUUCAAUCAAGAGUAGCUCGUCUCGUAUUUCAUGUAAUUUAACAGGUAUCGAUAUUGAACUUAAAUAUUCGAGCCUCGACCAGGUUUAAAAAAAUCUUACAAGCUAACGUAAUUACUAAAUCUCACCUUUACUUACCAAACGAAAUUAAUUGUAAUAGUAUCCGUUUUUAGUAAAUAAUAACUGAAUUAAGCAAAACUAAGUUAUUAUAACGUUAUUUUUAUUUUUAACAUUUGUUUUUUGUUUUAGUUUAAUUUUUUAUUAAAUAUUUUUAUUAAUUGCAAUAAUAAGCUUUGAGUUUCCUCAUCCAUUGGACUUGGAGAAUGCUUCCACUCAGCACGAAGACUACUUAUAGAAGGAUCUGAAGAGAUCUACAAGUUAUUUACAAUAUCUUCAUUUGAAUCUGUUGCGUUUUCGAGUGUUAAAUUCCCUAAAAUGUUUCAAAUCUCAAUUACGCGCCUCUUGAGCCUCCUCGGAUAAGAUUAAUACUUACCUGUGGUUAAAUUAUACGAGAUAUGAGAUGCGCUAUCUACUCUUUGAUUGCAAACUUUCUAAAUUUAACUUCAAGUCUAAUUUAUUAAAUAAGGGAAACAAGAAUAAAAAUUUCAGCUUGCAUUUAAAAGAGAAAGCAUCGAAAUCGGCUCAAAUUUGGAGGCCCUUUUUGAAACACGAAAUUUCAUUUCAGCCCACUGUGUGCCGGCGAAUUUACGGCGCAUUCAAUUCUUCAACCGAGGGACUGUUGAGGAGGAGGUUUAGACCCGCUGUUUCCAACGUCCAUUAGCUUCUUGGAACAGCCAAUGGGAAUCGACUGUUGAUCGGAAUGGCCAAUAAAAAUUGAAAGUUAACGGACGUUGGAAAUAGUCGUUUCGCAAAGUCGCGUCUCCAGAAAGCACAGAGGAAUUUGCGGCAAUUCCCGAGGAAUUUUAAAAAAGCGAACGCUUUCCGAGAGUUUAUAACGAUCAGUGCUGGCU